ACAAGACAAAUUUUGAUAGAGGAUACAUGUUUCUUAAGAGUACCUUCUGUUGUUUUUUGUUGUUUAACUGCAGACCAGUGAGUGCAAAAAUAAAACCUUUGGGCUCCAGAGAUAUUUUACCAAAUAAUCGUCAACUAUAUGAGAUGAUUUUGACCUAUAACUUCCAUCAGCCGAAGAGCGGAGAAGUAACUCCAAGCUGUCCGCUUCUUUGUGAAUUGUUGUAUGAAUCUGAGUUUGAUAGUCAACUGUGGAUUAUUUUUGACCAGAACAAAAGACAAAUGGGUUCAGGAGAUGCAUAUCCACACCAGUAUUCUGUGAAACUGGAAAAAGGAGAUUACACUAUUCGCUUACAAAUUCGUCAUGAACAGAACAGUGAGCUGGAUCGCAUCAAAGACCUUCCAUUUAUUGUUUCUCACAGGUUGUCUAGUACCUUGAGCUUAGAUAUUUAUGAAAACCAUAGCCUUGCUCUCUUAGGGAAGAAGAAAUCCAACAGUUUGACAUUACCACCAAAACACAGUCAGCCAUUCUUUGUUACAUCUCUGCCCGAUGACAAAAUCCCUAAAGGAGCAGGACCAGGGUGUUAUCUUGCAGGAGCUCUUACACUGUCUAAAACAGAACUCGGAAAGAAAGCUGAUGUCCUUACUGUUCACUAUCAUCUGAUACCAUCGCCAUCAAAGAGUAAAAAUGGCAGCAAAGAAAAAGAAAGAGAACAGGAAAAAGAAAAAGAUGUAAAAGAAGAAUUUGCUGAAGCUUUAAGAGAUCUAAAAAUACAGUGGAUGACCAAGCUGGAUACCACUGACAUGUAUAAUGAGUUGAAAGAAGCAUUUCCUAAUCAUCUUCCAUUGUACGUUGCAAGACUUCAUCAGCUGGAUUCUGAAAAGGAGCGAAUGAAAAGACUUGAUGAAAUUGUUGAAGCUGCAAAUACUGUAAUCUCUCAUAUUGACCAGACAGCAUUAGCAGUGUAUUUUGCCAUGAAGACUGAUCCCAGGCCUGAUGCAACUACUAUAAAAAAUGAAAUGGAAAAACAGAAGACGACUUUAGUGGAUGCGCUUUGUCGAAAAGGAAGUGCACUUGCUGACCAGCUGCUUCAUCUGCAGGCCCAAGAAGGGGCUGCUUCCAGUGAUGCAGAAGGCAAAGAUGAGGAUCAUGAGAGCUGCUCAGAAGCUUUGACAGAGACAUUCUGGGAAACAACAAAAUGGACUGAUCUUUUUGAUAGCAAGGUUUUGGGUUUUGCCUAUAAGCACGCAUUGGUAAAUAAAAUGUAUGGGAGAGGUCUCAAGUUUGCCACAAAACUUGCGGAAGAGAAGCCAACGAAGGACAACCUGAAAAACUGCAUUCAGCUAAUGAAGCUGCUUGGAUGGACUCAUUGUGCAACUUUCACUGAAAACUGGCUUCCUGUCAUGUAUCCACCUGAUUAUUGUGUAUUCUAGAAACCCAACAAUUGUAAACUUAAAGUGAUUUUAUAUGGGGCAGGAUAUUAAAAGAUAAGUUUGACUUUUUAUUGGAACGCAUGUUUUCAUUAAUGAAUGCUGAUUAUUGUGUGUAUUUAUCAGUAAAGGCACCCGGGUACAGCUUAAUACCUGUUAACCAAACUCCUGUCAUCAGGGAGUUUCCUUAUUGUGCAUCCCAUUGCUGGCAAUGGAUGUGCCAGAACUGCCAACACCAAGGAUUUGGAAUUAGGCUGGAAAGGCUUACUGCAUGCAUGUUAGGUUCUUAACUGUUACUUUUAACUGCAAACCUGUAAAAGCUCUGUAUUUUUUACAGUAAACUGAAUUUUAACAUGUUUGAUCUUAAUUUCAAUUGUAUGAAGGCCUUAAAGCUACUUCAAGAGUAGCUAAAAUCUUAUUUAUUAGACUAAAGUAACGGGACACCAUUACCUGUAUUGUUUGCAAGAGUUUACAUUUAAUUUUUUUAAGAAAAAUUCAACCUCUCAAACUGUUACAAUGUGUAACUCAGAAUUGCUGA